GAAAGAUUGUUUUUACUAGUGGGAAUUGAUAUGUAAUAUUUUCCUUUGGCAAUGAAUAUUAAAGUUUUUCGAGUGCUUGUGAAAGUUUUGAAGAUUGGUGCUUCGUAUGCUUAUCCUUCUUGCUCAAUAUGUCACAAGAAAGUUCGCAAAGUAAAUGAUCAAAAAGAGAGGUUAUGGUGCUCAUUCUGUUUGAAAUUUUAUUCACAAAAGACUGUUCAAUAUCGAUAUCAUGUAAAUUUGACAGUGUCAGAUGGUAGUGGAAUUACAAGGGUCACAGUGUUUGGCAAGAGCUUAGAGGCUUUCUUUGGUUUACCAGCCACAGAAUUUUGCAGAUACUUGGCAAACUGUGGGGAAAAGAAUUUUCUUCAAGGACUCAGUUUAGAUAGGAUGGUUCAUUUUGCAAUGGAGAGAUGUUUUGUAGGAGAGAAUGUUCAUCUGGCUUUCCAUCUUACUGGCAACAAAAACAGUGCUCAUAAUUUACAAACCAAUGUGCUGCCAGCAAUGAAAGCAUCAAAUUUAAGUACUUACAGCAAAAUACCAGAAUUACUGGCUAAUGGGAUAUGUAGAAUUCAGAAUGAGAUAAUGCAUAAAUCUGUAGCUGGUGUUUUUAAGGAAUAUGUUGCCCAUUUUGAAGAGAAUGUUGAAGCAGACAGUUUUAAAAUAACAAACAAUAACACAACUGAAAAUUGUGUAAAUUCAAUUGCAAGUAGAGAAAACAUAAAUUCAUUCAAUGAAAAAGAUUGCGACAUAGAUGAUGUUGUAUCACCACGCCGGCUUCUUGUUGCGAACAGUAAUGUCAAUAAAUUUAUGUUAUCAAUGAUGUCCAGUGGUAAUGAUUCCAACAUCAAAACAGAAGAUUCUUUUGUCCCUAAGUUUAAAAGCCUCCAGCGUUCUACAUGCUGUGAACACAAUCAAGUUUCUGAUGUGGAGAGCAACACAUGCAAAAUAGUCAAAUCAGUUAGUAGAAUUCAGAGAGGUCAUGAAAAUGUAUCUAUAACUGAUUUGCAACAAUCUCUUUGCUAUGACUCAUCAAAUGAAGAUGACCCAUAUGUCCUGACAAUUAUCAAAGAGGACAAACCCAACUCUGAUUUUUUAACCACUGAAGAUGCAAAGCUUUCCAAAAGCUUAUCAGAAGAAAAUCUUAAUCCGGUACAUGGUUCUACUAAUACUGGAGAGCAUUGUACAAUGUCAGGUAUUCAGUCAGGUGUACUUAUAGCUGAUGAUAUACCACUGGAUGGAAUUUCCAGCGAAAAAAAUUGUGCUGUGACAUGUCAUUUGCCACAAGACCAAUGUGUGGAUGGUAAUAACAACAGUGCUAAUAAUGAAUUUGACAUGAUGUUUGAUUCACUGACUUCAGAGGACUUAGAUAUUUUUCUAACACAGGUCAAUCCUACUUUGCAAUCAGAAAAAUCAGAUCAUGAUGAGAAAAAACACUGUCUAGGAGAUGCAGUAGAAUCUAAUUCCUCGUCUAGUUCCGAUGCAGUUCAUUUGGAUCAUGACCGUAGAACAUGUUUUACAAGUACACCGAGCUUAGACAUUUAUCACGAAACCUCUCAUUUAGAAUCCGUUAUUAACUGUGGGUAUUCCCCGAUUGAUUCUCAUUCUAUCACAACUCCACUUGAAAGAACAUUUUGUGAUAACAAAAACGAUAAGUUCCCAGGAGAUGGUGAGAUUGAACGUGACAUGUUUACACCUCCAGGAAGACCACAGCCGGGAACAUCCGAGUGUGUUUCUAACUGUUUAUGUCUGAGAACUAAAUGUAAGAAAUCUUCAUGUAAAAAACCAUUUAAAGGAAAACUAAAAAACAGAAACCUGUCGAGAGGUGUAACAAGCAGCAAGAAAUCAACAUGGUGUUCAGAGCAUACUCGAAUGAGGAUUUCAAUGAGUGUUUCAUCGAAGAGAGAUCAGGUUGUGUUAAAACCAGUGAAUGUGUCUUCUGAGGUCUCAUCUCCUUAUGUUCCACCGACGCGACGUCGAACGUUUCUUGAAAAGAGCUCUGAAAGGUCUUUGCUGUUGUUUGAAGAUGAAAGGAAUGUCGAUGAAUCUGAAAAUGAUGCCCCCGUGACGCCCGAGUGCUCAGAAUCCCAGGUUCGUGCAAAAGAUCCCAAUUCUUGCCUAAUCAACAGAGACAGAGAUCGUUCAGAGGACAAUAUGAUUGAUGAAUAUCAUUCUUUUGUAACUUCACCCUUACUUUUUUCUCCGUAGUCGACUUUCUCUUAAU